AUGGCACUUUCUACACGACGACUUGUUUUGGCCCCUAAGGCUGUUGCAGAAACCCCUAUAGUGGGAAUUAUAUUUGAUAUGGACGGCACUCUGUGCAAGCCCCAGACUUGGAUGUUUCAGCGGAUGCGCGACGCCCUAGGAAUCGACAAAUCACUGGAUAUUCUCGACUAUGUUCAUGGACUUCCUGAAGACGAACAAGCCUCAGCACAUCUCAAACUACAAGCAGUUGAGCGAGAAGCUAUGGUAGAUAUGGAAGCUACACCUGGCGUUCAGCGAUUGUUGGAUUGGGUCGACUCCCAGGGAAUUCCAAAAGCUAUCUUGACGCGCAAUUUUCCAAUUCCUGUGCAACAUUUACUUGACAAGGUCUUGGUUGGGCAUGCAUUUGAACCUGUCAUCACACGUGACUUCAGACCCCCCAAACCUAGUCCUGCUGGUAUUUUGGCUAUUGCUAAAACUUGGAAUGUUGACCCUCAUAAACUUGUCAUGGUUGGCGACUCGAUUGACGAUAUGAUGGCUGGUCACCGGGCCGGAUCCGGGACCAUCUUACUAAGAACGCCUGUCAACGAACAUGUGAGCGGCGAACCCGAGACUGAUGUUACUGUAGAAAACAUUGACGAUAUUAUUGAAAUAUUGGAAAAGGGAUUCACAACCAAAGAAAAACCAUCAGAGCCAGUUUUGUAA